AUGAGCCGCACGCUCUCACCACUAACCACCGCCACGUCGACGCCCGAGCCGCCAGCGCGCGCAAGCGCAAUGGCGGCCUGGGGCUUCCCUUACGACCCCUCGUCGCCCGACCCCGCGCGGCCCUUCCUCGCCCACGCCGACGCGUGCACCUACUGCACGCGCUCCAACUACCCGUGCCAUAUCCCCCCGCUCAUCCCCGCACCCGGCCCGCACCGCGCCGGCCUCCGUACCAUGGCGCGCGGGCCCUGCGCGGCGUGCGUGCGUGACGGCGUGGCGUGCUCUGAGGAUUCGGCGCGCAGGCGGUGGUUCGUCGAGGUUGACGCUGGCGUGGGGUUCGAGGGCGAGCAGAGUGAUCGCGCCGACAGGCUGCCCGAUGCGCCGGUACGCAAGUUCACGUCCAUGCUCGACACCAGCGACGACGACGACGACACCGAUGCCAACGACCACCUCGCCCCGUCGCUCUGGUCGGACGACGAAGCCGACACCAACCCCACCCCCGCAUCCAUCCCCGAAACCCCACUUGGUGGUGCCGUACACCCCCGCGCUACGAUCGCCGACGCACCCGGGUAUCACCCGAGUGCUGCUACUCCAACUCCAGCUCCCACGCUGGGACAUGUCAUCAAGGUGCUGGAGCGUAAUGCCGCGAGCUUGGCCGCGUUCGAUGCUGCGUACGCUGCGCUGCUGGCUCGCGCCGAGGCCGUCGUCGCGGCGCUUGGUGGGAGUGGUUAG